UUUCGGCUGCUCCGCGCAGCAGCGGGUCGUUUUAGCUCUCGUAUUUGCAGCAUCGGUUGCUCUCAAAAAAUGGCUUUGCUUGUGAGGAAUGUUUGCAAGGUGCUCGCUCAAACUUCCCUGAAAGGAUCAGCUAGAACAAUCCAUGUUGGAACUUCUCGGUUUACAGAAGCUGGCGUUGAUCCAGAUCGUUCUACAAAAUGUACACUUAUUCCAGGAGAUGGUGUUGGACCAGAACUUGUUGUAUCAGUUCAAAACAUUUUUAAAUCAGCUGGAGUUCCAGUAGAGUUUGAGCCUUAUUUUCUGUCUGAAGUCAACCCAACUCUUAGCGCUCCUUUAGAACAAGUAUCUAAUAGUAUUGCUAGGAAUGGAGUUUGUCUCAAAGGUAUCUUGGCAACUCCUGAUCAUUCUCAUACUGGAGAAUUACAAACUUUAAACAUGAAAUUGAGAAAAGAGUUGGACCUUUACUCAAAUGUAGUUCAUGUAAAGUCUCUGCCUGGUGUUAAAUCAAGACAUCAAAAUGUAGACUGUGUGAUUAUAAGAGAACAAACAGAAGGAGAAUACUCUGCUUUGGAGCAUGAAUCUGUACCUGGAGUAGUUGAAUGCUUGAAAAUUGUUACAGCAACCAAGAGUCAAAGAAUUGCUAAAUUUGCCUUUGAUUAUGCUGUCAAAAAUGGACGUAAAAAGGUGACAUGUGUUCACAAAGCAAAUAUUAUGAAACUUGGAGAUGGUUUGUUCUUAAAAUCCUGUCAAGAAAUUGCCAAAUUGUAUCCUAGAAUUCAGUUUGAAACAAUGAUUGUGGAUAACUGCACUAUGCAAAUGGUUUCAAAUCCUCAUCAAUUUGAUGUUAUGGUCACGCCGAACUUGUAUGGCAAUAUCGUAGACAAUCUUGCAUCAGGAUUAGUUGGCGGUGCCGGUGUUGUUGCUGGAGCCAGCUACAGUGCUGAGUGUGUCGUCUUUGAACCAGGUGCAAGACAUACAUAUUCAGAAGCUGUUGGCAAAAAUGUGGCUAAUCCUACUGCCAUGAUAUUAUGUUCGGUGAAGCUGCUGAAUCAUCUUAAUCUACGACGUUAUGCAGAACAAAUAAAGGACGCCUUGAAUCGUGUAUUGAAUGAUGGGAAAUAUCUUACGAAAGAUUUAGGUGGACAAACUUCAACGACCGAGUUUACUAAUGCUGUGAUUUAUAACCUUCGCUAAUUAUUUAUUUGCAAUGUAAUUUUUUAAAUAAUUGACCGAUCGUAGAAAAAUAUUAAAGUAACUCGAUAAGAGCCAUAUUUUUCACAUCAAUUUCAGCCGGUUGUAUUUGGACAUUGAAUGCGUUUAACUGUGAACACUCAGUAAAUUAUUACAUUUUGAUGCGUCAAUGGCCUGUCAGCUGCAACUUGAAGUGAUUUUAUCGAAAAUAGAAAUGACGUUAGUUAAUUGUAAAAUAAAAGCAAAGCACUAUGAACCAUGUAUUACAAUUACCAAAAAAACAGUAUAAAAAUAAGACUCAUUAUUCGUCAUAGACAAUUGUAAUAUACGCGAAUUGUAAAAUAAACUAUAUCACGUCUUUAUAUUUUUGUUAUUUUUUUCACACUAAUACUUGA